AUGGAAGGGGUUCUCAGAAAACAGAGAGGAGGAGAGGGACCCAAACGUCACCAAUCUCAACACUGUGACAAAUCCUUCACAACAUCUGGAUAUUUAAAGAUUCAUCAGAGAGUUCACUCUGGAGACAAUCUACACAGCUGUGAUCAAUGUGGGGCAGCUUUCACACUACAGAGUACCCUAAAAAUACAUCAACGCAUUCACACUGAAGAAAAGCCUUACAGCUGUGAUCAAUGUGGGAAAACCUUUUCUGAGAGUGGUCACCUUAAAUCUCACCAGCGUGUUCACACUGGAGAGAAGCCGUACUGGUGUGAACAAUGUGGUAAAACCUUUUCUCGGAGUGGUAACCUUAAAUCUCACCAGCGCAUUCACACAGGAGAGAAGCCGUACUGGUGUGAACAAUGUGGGGAUACUUUUUCUAAGAAUGGGGCCCUUAAAACACAUCGACGCAUUCACACUGGAGAGAAGCCGUACAGCUGUGAUCAAUGUAGUAAAACCUUUUCUCAGAGCAGUAGCCUUAAAUCUCACCAGCGCGUUCAUACUGGAGAGAAGCCGUACUGGUGUGAACAAUGUGGGGAAACUUUUUCUGAGAGUGGGGCCCUUAAAAAACAUCAACGCGUUCACACUGGAGAGAAGCCGUACUGGUGUGAACAAUGUGGUAAAACUUUUUCUCAGAGUGGUCACCUUAAAAGACACCAGUUCAUUCACACUGCCUUGUUGUGAACAUGUUUCAGAGCCAAGCUCCCAUAUAGUGAAAAUAGGGGUCAUACAUUUUAAAGUGAUGGUUCGGAGUAAUUCACCCUAGGGUCCCUGCACCAUGACCUCGAGGCCAAAC